AUGUAUGAGGAGCUCCUGAACUUUCUGCUGGCGAGGAAGAAGAGGCUGUUGUCUGAGGAGGAAGCGGAUAGGCUCAUGAAGCUGAUUGCACAGUCGAUGGAGAUUGAGGAUGGACAGGGAAAGAAGGAGGACAACACUGCAUUGAUAAAGAAGAUUCUUGAUAAUGUUGAUGUUGAGGGGACGGCUUCUGAGGAUGGCGAGAGCCUGGACGAUGCUAUAGAGGACUUGUUUUUCAACGACUACAGCGAUGAAGACUACAGUGACGAUGUCAUGGAUUUGAGCGAGUCUGAGUACGGCAGAGAGACAUUGUCUGAGAUGAAGUUCCAAAGGGGGGUGUUCAAAACCAGGAGUGAGAGGGACGAGGUUUCUGACCUUCCGAAGAGGAGGAUAGGGAUAAAGGCUAAGAAGAGCGAGAGGGAGGAGGAGAACGGAGACUGUGGGAUGAUUGGCAAAGGCGUGGAUGUUGAGGGGGAUAUCAACGAGGACACGAAGAUUUUGGAGGCAAAGAGCUUCAAGCUUCCUGGGUUUGAUGCAAAGGGAGAAGGGGAUGGGAAGGAAUUUGGUUUGCCGGAGCCCUGCGAGUUUGAGUUUGAGCUUGGAGACCUGAAGAGGGUGGACAAUAGUGGCCCUGGAGUGAAGUUUUUUGAUGAGGAUGGGAAAGAGCUCUGA